UAUUCCGAUUUUCUUGAUUAUAUUAUAAAAAUACUCCCACUGGCUAAUUUACUCAAAGGUACAUCUGGUCAAACUCUUGUUGAUAGAGUUACAGCUGCUAAACAUACUUUAUCAGGAGCAGGAUUGGCCAAAUCAGUAUGUAAAGCAACUACAGAAGAAAUUAUAGCUCCUAAAAGAAAACAUUUAGAAGAUUUGGUGAAUUAUACCAAUGAGCCCAACAUCUCGAUACCCCAAAUGGCCAAUCAUUUGAUAGAUCGCAGCAUGAGCAGCAAUUGGGUGGUAGUUUACAAAUCGCUCAUAUCGGUUCAUCAUCUUAUGUGUUACGGUAACGAGCGAUUUACUCAAUAUUUGGCCACCAAUAAUUGUGCAUUUCAACUUAGCAAUUUUUUGGAUCGUAGUACCUCAGCCGGUUACGAUAUGUCGCUAUUCGUCAAGAAGUAUUCGAAUUACCUCAACGAAAAGGCUAUUACUUACAGGCAUAUGGGCUUUGAUUUUUGCAAAAUUAAAAGAGGGAAAGACGGUGUUCUAAGGACCAUGAAUCCAGACAAGCUCAUCAAAUCAUUACCCGUGUUACAAAACCAAUUGGACGCUCUACUUAAUUUCAAUUGCAAUCCCUGUGAUAUUAACAACGCCAUAAUCAACAACUGUUUCAUUCUUUUAUUCCGCGAUUUGGUGCGACUUUUUGCGUGUUACAAUGACGGGAAUAUGAAUUUAUUAGAAGCUUAUUGGACCAUGAACAAAAAACAAUCCAAAGAAGCGCUCGAAAUUUACAAAAAUUUUUUGCUGAGGAUGGACAGAGUUUCUGAAUUUCUAAAAUCGGCCGAAGCUGCUGGUAUUGAUAAAAGUGAUAUUCCGGAUAUAACUAAAAUUCCUACAAGUUUAUUGGAGUCCAUGGAACAGCACUUGGCAUAUCUGGACACUUCUACGAAUAGUAAGAAAGAUAAAAAGCUAUCAUCUUCCUCAGUCGCUACUAGCCAUGAUAAAUUUAGUGAUAAGACUGUUUCGAAUGGCCCUCCGGCAGAAAUCGUAGACGCUUUCGCAGCCCUGAAUGACAAUAACCGAACGUACAACGAUUCAAUAGCUCGAAACGAUAAAUUGCGCGCUUCUAAUUUCGACUCCUUUGAGAGAAACGUGUUUAGGGAUUACAAAGAUUUCAAGGAGGAUUAUUCUGACUCUGGAAUCAACGAAAAGGACAAGCAGGAAGCCCUGAGGGAAGAAGCGAAGAGACUUGAUAAAUACAAGCAAUCUCUUCAACCCAAUGCUUCUAAAAGCCAAUCAACUACACCAAUUCAUUCCACCUACAACAUUAAACAACCACAAUCCAACAAUAUCAAACCAACUCCAGCGAUAGAUAUUUUCGACUCCCUCAUGGCAAUGUCUCCUGAAGAAAAAUUUAACAAAGCUAAUAAUUUUGGCAAUUUUAACAACCUCAACGGAAACAUCCUUCCACCUAAUAAUAAUAGAAGCCAAAAUGCUUUUAACCCUAAAAAUGAUUUGUUUGCGACAGAUUUUGACGCUGUAUUUGACUUAUCACCCUCCUUGCCUCUUGGAAAUAAGAUGACCAAUGGAUUCAUUCCUAACGAUGGCUCCAACAACCUUUUCCUAAAGCCUAAAAAUGAAAAACCGAUUAUGAAAUCACCUUCUUCACCAAUAAACGACGUGGUCAAUUCCAACAAAGUUAUCGUUAAGGGGGAUUUGGAAAGUAGUCUCGCCAAUCUAGCAGCUUCCUUUAACAUACAGAGUCACGAUCAAGCACUAAAAAAAACAACUCAUCAAUGGACAAAUAACAAUACCAAUAUAUCAUCAUCUAACGCUUUCCCUCUUAGGUCCUCGCCUAACACUAUGACUAGCCUCAAUUGGAUACAAAAUCAACAACAACCUUCUACUAUCAAUGAUAAUUUACCCAGUAGUAACUGGGCAACUUUUCAAUCUACAUCUCCGAUAAAUGCCGCCACUGGUGUCAAAAAUCCAUUUCAACAGAAUCAAGCUCAAUCUUCACAACAACCUUUGCUGACCCCCAAUCUUACCCUCUUGACGCCGAUGCAAGCUACCUCUACCUUAAUUCCCACCACUUCCUUCAUAUCUUCUUCGAGCUCCUCAGUUCCUAAUAAAAACCAAAAUACUUUGAACCCUUUUAUUUCCCUUCAAAGUAGUACUAUAAACAAUUAUAAUUACGGUAUUCAUCAACAAAACUCCCUUUCCACCUCUCUUUUCAAUGGCGCCAAUUCGAACUUCAACAAUCUAUCGACUCCCAAAGAUAAAGAAACUUUUAAAUCACUAGAUAAUUUGAACGUUUGGCCCACUGGGUUCACGAACAAUAGUAACAUCGCAACAAUUAACGCUAAAAACGUUGAUUUCUCCGAGUUUGGCAAUGCCGAAAACAACAUAUGUGGCUUAUCCAACGCAAAGAAUUGCAUGUUCGCUUCCCAAAAGAAUUUGUUUUCUAAUAAUGCAAGCAGUAAUCAAAACAAAACCAGUCCAGUUGAUCCUUUUGGAUUCUAAAAAACAGAAACUUUCAAAUUUAUGAAGAAAAUGAGGGUUAAAAAAUAUUUUUAUAUCUAAAAAAAUUAAAAUAUUUUUAUAUCUAAAAAAAUUAAUUGAGCAUCGUUUUUAAAAUUAAUUUUUUAACUAUAAGUUGCUUUUCAAAUCUAUUGAUCUAUGACAUACAAAAAAAUGUUUUUAAAUAAAA